UCGAUGGUACCUCUGUUUAUAGAUAUGUUGGUGCUAGGCCGUUAAAUUCCUGCACCGCAACGUAUUAUCACUACCGAUGCGACAACGAUCUGCCUACUUAUUUAUAGUUCUAAUAAGGAUUAUUGUAUAGAUCAUUUAUGAAACCAUUGGGUGAUAUUCAGAGCUCAACUAUGAAGUAUAGUUUUAGGUCUUCUAGAAGCUCGACAAAAGGAUGGAAGAUUUAGAUUUGCCGAAUUCCUCUUCAUUCAUCAGAAAUUAUGGUGUGAAUGGAAGCCUCCAAUCUGUUAGAAGCAGUUCAUCGUCUUCACUAGAUGUUUGUAACCUCAGCUAUGAAGUCAAUGAAAUAUCGGGACCAUGGUGGCGGACGAACUGUUUUAAACCAACCAGGAAAAAAAUGGUUUUAAGAUCUUUAAAUAUGAAAUUUAUCAAUGGGCAAAUAGCGGCAAUUGUUGGCAGCUCAGGUUCUGGUAAAACUUCACUCCUUGACGUCAUAUCCUGUCGUACUGAAGGUAGGGUGAGUGGCAGUGUUUACUUUAGUGGAGAACUGUGUACAGGGACCUUGAUGAAGUCAGCUGCUAGUUAUGUUAUGCAAGCAGAUCGUCUUCUACCCCACUUGAAAGUUCGCGAGUGUUUAACGUACACAGCCUACUUAAAGUUGCCAGGGAACACAACAGCUUCUACGAUCGAUAAAAAGGUACAACAGGUCAUUAAUGAUCUGGGUCUGAAGAAUGUGGCUGAUUCUGUCAUAGGUGGUUCUGUCGACCGCGGUAUUUCUGGCGGCGAAAGACGACGUGUUACCAUAGCAAUACAACUUCUGCAAGAUCCAGAUAUACUUCUCUUAGAUGAACCGACAACAGGGCUAGAUAGUUUUACAGCAAAACAUCUGGUAACUAACCUAAAAGACUUAGCACAUUCAGGGAAGAUAAUUAUCAUGACGAUUCAUCAGCCUCGUUCCGACAUCUUUAAAUUGUUUAACCAAGUCGCCAUCUUAUCACAAGGAGAGGUGACAUACUCCGGCAAGCCGGAGGACAUUGUGCCUUAUUUCACCAACAUAAAUUUCCCAUGUCCACGAUAUGCCAACCCAAUAGAUAUCUAUAUUGACGUCAGCAGUAUUAAUAGGAAGUCUCCUGAACUGGAACUAUCUUCAACAGAAAGAGUAAAUCGUCUUGUCAAACAUUAUAAAGAUUCGUUCACCAAUCGUCAGCUGUUAGAAAAUAGUACAUUGUGCUUAUCUCAGGCUAAAAACAUACAACCCGGUUAUUUACCUAAAAGAGGUCCCGGUGCGUUCCGGAUUCUUCUUACACUUCUCAGUCGCUUCAACGUAAAUUUAUGGCGAGAUAAAAGGACAUUUCUUUCAAGAAUUUUCCUUUUCCCAUUCUACGUGUUUUUUGUCUGCAUAUUUCUGGGUCGGUUGGGUUACAGCCAGCAGAGUAUUCAAGACCGGUUGGGGUUAUUAUACCAAGCCGUUAGUUCACCGCCCUUUAUAGCUUUAAUAAAUGUCAUGGAAAUAGUUCCGCCAUUACGGGAUUUAUAUUACCGAGAAGCAAGAGAUGGAUUGUAUUCGAUAGACUACUUCAUGAUAGCAUACACACUUCAUGCAUUACCUUUUAUUAUUGUAUCCAGUGCUAUAUUCUCGUCAGCCUUAUACUGGAUCUGCAAUAUGUAUAGUGAUAUCAAUAGCUUUGGAAUGUUUGUAGCAGUUAUAACUGUUUUAUAUUUUACCGGUGAGCUGGUGAGCAUCAUGGGAUUAGGACUGUGUCACAAUGCACUCAUCGCUAACAGUCUCAUUGGCGAAUGCAUUUCCAUGUCUUGUUUGGUAUCUUCAGGUUUCAUAAGGACUUUUGAUUCGUUACCCUAUGUUCUACAGUGGCUUGUAAGGAUUUCCAUGCCGAGGUAUGCUGCCGAAAUUAUUGGUAAUAAUGAGUUCCAACACUUAAACUUCACCUGUGUACCCAAUGAACCAUGUGGCUACCCUACUGGUGAGGCUUUUCUCAACGACUUCUUUCCAAACUCACAGGGGCAUGUAGCUAGAAAUUUUGAAAUAAUAGUCGGUUAUCUUGGGGGUUUCUUUCUUCUAUCAAUGCUGGCCUUCAAAGUUCGAGGAAUACCUAAUUUACAAUAAAUAAUUCACACGGAAUGGCAUACUAUUAUCCUACUGUUAUUUCUGUAUAUUUGUGGGAAUAAUUUUUGAACAGCAACACCGAGAUGGACAAAAGACCUAGACUUAUACUUAAGAGUAUGUGUUAAGUGGUGUCUUAUAAUAUCUUCUUGACACUCAAGUUUGGCUGUAUUAAAUAGUGCUGCUUCCUUCCUUCGUUAAUUUUCAGUGCUGUUAUUUGUAAAUAUGUACUAAUAUACAUAAGAUGGAUUUAUUCAUGGUAAUGGUGAUUGGGCGUCUGUGUUGAGUGGUGUCUUUCAAUAUCUCAUUGACACUCAGUUUGGGUCUAACAAAUAGAGCUCGUUCCUUCCUUUGUUAAUUGUUCAAUGCUAUUAUUUGUAAAUAUGUAAAUCUUUAUUAUUUUCGUAAUAUAAAUAAAUUAAGCUUAAUUAUAUGACCAUC